UUGGACUUCCCAGUGUCGUGUGGUAGUCUUUGACGGGUUAUUGCGUCGUAUUUUUUGCAAAAAUGAACGAUAUUUUAAGAAGCCGCCAACUAAAUCCUUGCGAUGAUUUAUUCUGGAAGUCCAGAGGUUAUCCAGAAAGACCUGCGGACUGGCAAGAUCGUGUGAUAGACAUGGGAUAUUAUGAUAGUAGCAGUGACGAAGAGAGCACUGAAUAUGAGAGCGAAUCUGAGUAUGAGUCUGAAUACGAGUCUGAGUAUGAUAGUGAUUAUGAGGCCCACAGCCUCAGAAGCAACCAAAACAAUCCCAACGACGACGAAUAUUGGCGCCUCAGAGGUUGGAAUCGACGUCCUGACGACUGGCGCGGUAAUAAAACAACAAAAUGAUAUUUUUUUCACAAUUUCUAGCUUCCAGAACGCAUUAGGAGAUAAAAAUAGGAGCGUUUACGCAAUAUACAAAUGAGUUAAAAGUUUAAUUAUUACACUUACGUUAGAAAUAAAAUGAGUACAAAAGUAAA